AUGACGGAUGUUGGUCCUUCUUUACCCCUUUCAGCCAACGACGUAGCAGGCACAUCUGAAGAUGAGGGUCACGUUACCACUCGCCACGAAAGUGGCACACGAGUUGACCUGCCUCCGCCUCCGCCUCUGGUCGAGCGUCAGGCUCAGGUAGCGUACCCACACACGGCCAGUCAUGACACGUCGUCUGUCCCCAGUCCAGAGCCCCAAAAGUGGCUCUUGCCGGCUGUGAGACCAGAACAUAAGGGCAGGAAAUGCUUGAUUCUGGAUCUGGAUGAGACCCUUGUUCACAGCAGUUUCAAGGCAACCGACUUCACCAUCCCUGUAGAAAUAGAAGGGACAUACCAUAAUGUCUAUGUUAUCAAACGACCAGGCGUCGACGCUUUCAUGAAGAGGGUCGGAGAACUAUACGAAGUCGUCGUAUUCACGGCUUCGGUCUCAAAGUAUGGUGAUCCGCUGCUAGACCAGCUGGAUAUCCACCACGUGGUGCACCACAGGUUGUUCCGUGAGAGCUGUUACAACCACCAAGGCAACUACGUCAAGGAUCUCUCGCAAGUCGGGCGCGAUCUCAAGGAGACAAUUAUCAUCGACAACUCGCCCACAUCAUAUAUUUUCCAUCCGCAGCAUGCCGUGCCUAUCAGCAGUUGGUUUUCUGACGCUCACGACAACGAACUCCUAGAUCUCAUCCCGGUGCUGGAAGACCUCGCAGGGCCUCAGGUUAGCGAUGUCAGCCUAGUGCUCGACGUGGCACUCUGA